AAGAUAGGGUUUCAGUCGGUCUAUUGUUAUUCACUCGCCUCUCUUUUCUCUCAAUCUAGUGCUAACUGCAACAAUGGCGGAAAGAGGCGGAGACAGGGGUGGUUUCGGGCGAGGAUUCGGCGGUCGUGGACGUGGAGGAGACAGGGGCGGUCGUGGACGCGGCCGGCGCCCUCGCCGUGAGGCAGAAGAGGAGAAGUGGGUGCCGUGCACCAAAUUGGGGCGAUUGGUUCGCGACGGGAAGAUCAAAUCUCUGGAGCAGAUCUACCUCCACUCCCUCCCAAUCAAGGAGUACCAAAUCAUCGACCUCCUGGUGGGGCCGUCGCUCAAGGACGAGGUGAUGAAAAUCAUGCCGGUGCAGAAGCAGACGCGCGCCGGGCAGAGGACCAGGUUCAAGGCCUUCGUGGUGGUCGGGGAUAGCAACGGCCACGUCGGAUUGGGAGUCAAGUGCUCGAAGGAGGUGGCCACCGCCAUCCGCGGCGCCAUUAUUUUGGCGAAGCUGUCUGUGAUUCCGGUGAGGAGGGGAUACUGGGGGAAUAAGAUCGGGAAGGUCCACACCGUGCCCUGCAAGGUCACCGGGAAGUGUGGCUCCGUGACUGUGAGGAUGGUGCCUGCUCCCCGUGGAUCUGGUAUUGUGGCUGCGCGUGUGCCGAAGAAGGUGCUUCAAUUCGCUGGAAUUGAUGAUGUGUUUACUUCUUCCCGUGGAUCCACCAAAACCCUUGGAAACUUUGUCAAGGCAACUUUUGAUUGUCUGCUGAAGACAUAUGGGUUCUUGACACCGGACUUCUGGAGGGAGACUAGAUUCACCAAGUCUCCAUUCCAAGAGUACACUGAUCUUUUGGCUAAGCCCACAGCCAAGAUUGUCCAUGUUGUGGAUGACGUUGAAGCUUGAGGAUAAGUUGCUGUUUUAAUUUUGUUUUUUGAUGGAUUGUUUAAGCUUCUUAUCGUUUUAAAUACUUGUUUUAUCUGAGGAUUUUUUACAUUGCCUUUUUCUUGGAAUCUAUUUAGUUUUAAAUUA